GUAUUAUUGGGUAUAAAGUAGUUUCACAAAAAGCUGAAAUGCGUGAUAAAGCUCACCGCCUUGUAUUGCAACAUGAACCUGAGGUUCAUCCAUACUUGGAUGAACACCUGUCCAUGUUAAGGCAUGAAAAUACUUCAAAGAGUGAAAGGUGGGUGACCAAUGAACACAACCGCACAUUUAUAAGAUGGUUCAAAGAUAGAGUGAUGCAAGAGUUAUCUAAAGUUCCAAAUAACAUCAGUGAAACCAUUAAGUGACUAGCUUAUGGCCCUCGUUGGUUUAUGAGUUGUUAUGAAGGAUAUGAAAUUAAUGGGUAUACGUUUUACACAAAACGUAAAGAUGAUAAGAGUUCUGUGCAAAACAGUGGAGUUACAAUAGAAGCACUAUCCAGAGAUCACUCUAGUGCCAGAGAUACCAAGCCAGUAGAUGUUGCUAUGCCAUAUUAUGGUGUUAUUGAAGAAAUUUGGGAAUUUGAUUUUAUAAUGUUUAGGAUUCCUCUAUUCCGGUGUAGUUGGGUUGAUAACAAACAAGGUGUUCGAAUAGAUGAAUUGGGUUUGACUUUAGUAGAUUUUGGUCAGCUGGGUUAUCAGGAUGAGCCAUUUAUACUUGCAUCUCAAGCAAAACAAGUUUUUUAUGUUUCUGAUCCUGUUAAUAGCAAGUGGUCAAUUGUAUUACAAGGAAAAAGAAGUAUUGUUGACGUUGGAGAUGUUGUGGAUGAAGAAGAAUAUGAUCACUUUGAUGAAACACUUCCAUUUUCUAUUGGCAUUCAAGCUUUAGGGGAAGAUAACAUUGAAACAAGUUACACGCGUUGUGAUCAUGGGGAGGGCUUGUGGAUUGAUAAUCACACAUAAUCUUUUUGUUAAAAAAUU